AUGUCUGCGGGUAGCUUGGACCUUGCUGAGGGAAAUGCCCUGCCCAAAUUACAGCCUGCAAAAGUGAACAAUUUAAGUGCAAUGGACAAAAAAUUGAAUCUCUUGAGUGAAAAGAUGGACAAACUGUUGCAUUUCCAAGAAGAUCUAACAGGCAAACUGCAGCGAGUUAACAAAGGCAUUGAUGAUGUAGAAAAAGGCAUUAACAAGCUAACAGUAUCCCGAGCAGCUCCUGAUGAGACAGAUGCAAUGAAAAAAGGCCUACAUGUAUCGGACAGUGCUCACCAGACUGAUGUGCAGAGCAUAUGCUCAGAAGUGUUGAAACUGAUGAAAGCUGCCCAGCUAGAUGCCUCGAAGCAUAAGGAGAGGCUGGCAAGGAUAGAGAAAAGGGUUGAUACACUGGAUAAAGUUAUUACAUUUGUGGGAGAAGUAUUAAAAAAUUCUAAAGUAGUGGAUUUUAUUCUCAAAGGCAUUGUGCCCUGGAAGAAGGGGAGUCUGCUGGAAAUCCUUGUUGAGGCCAAAGAUAAGCCUGAGGAGAGUGGUGCAAAACCUAAGCAUGCACUUAGUAACAGCGGAACCCAAACUGAAAGCAAGAAGCCUCUGAAAGAGACAAAAAGUGGGAAAGAGCUGGAUGAAAACAAGGAAUCAUGUGAGAAGGUGAAUGCUUCCAGUGCUGUAGCCCAGAAAGAUGACUCCAGACCCCAAGUUAAAGAGAUGACAGCACAGCAGCAAGCAGCAGAAGGUGCUGGCAAAACAGAGAGCUCUGAGAGCUGUCAGCAGCAAAAGGAUGCUGGUGUCAAAGCUUUGAAUCAACACAACGGUCUUCCCUCUGUAAAUCAAGAUCAUGUAGGCAACCAAAAUGUUCCUGCUAAAGCACACGAUAUGGACAGAGUCCCAGGCCUAGCUGAAUGCCAUGGGGAGCUUGUUAAUCAGAAACUUGGAGAGAAUGAAAACAAACCCUCAUCAUCGAGUGCGGCAUCCCGGGAAGCUGUGCCAUCCACAUCCCGGGCUAUAUCUGACACGAGGUGUGAAGUGACACAUACCAGGAUAUCCAUUGAUAUACAUCUGACUGAGAUGAAAGAGACCAAGGAGGGAAGCUUAAGUGAUCACAGAGGUAAAAGUCCCAAAGUAAAAUCUCCAUCCUCCACACCAGGAGAAGUGGAAGGAGUCAAACAGCUACCUGACAAAUUAGAAGCUCAACAGAGUCCUAGAAACAUCAGCACUGAGCCAAAUGGAGAAGUGAAAGGGGACAAUAAUCAAAAUGAACUUGCACCUCAAGCAGGGAAGCAACAGCCAUUACUGUGCAAGCCUGAACCUGGUGAAAAGGCUGAAGAGAAAUCAGAAUUAAAAUGCAAGUCUGUAACAUCCCAGAAUACCUCUGCAACGGAGCCUACGAAUGAUCUGGGAGUAGAAGUGAAAACACAUCAAGAAACACCAGAAGGAGAAGAAUCCCUGAUGGAUACCAAUUCUGAGGGGAGAGAAUCUGAGUCUGCAUCUUCAGGGGAAGGUGAAAAUGAUGCCCGUGAGUGUACAGGAAUGGCACCAGAGAAAAGUAAAUCACUGGAAGAUAACAAAGAGCUUUCCAUGGAGGAUGAAAUGAUUAUUGAUGACAGCCCUUCUCCUCCCGCUCCUUUUGAACAUCGCAUAGUGAGUGUCAAGCAAACAGAGGUGACAGCAUCCUACUCAGUGUGUCGUCAUGAAGUACUUGGGGGGGGACGUUUUGGACAAGUUCACAAGUGCACAGAAAUAUCAACUGGCCUCAACCUGGCAGCCAAAAUCAUAAAAGUGAAAGGAGCAAAAGAGAAGGAGGAAGUAAAAAAUGAAAUUAACAUCAUGAACCAAUUGAAUCACGUGAAUCUGAUCCAGCUUUAUGAUGCUUUUGAAGCCAAAACCAGUAUCACUCUGAUCAUGGAAUAUCUUGAUGGUGGUGAAUUAUUUGACCGGAUUACAGAUGAAAACUACAAUCUAACCGAGUUGGAUGCAAUCCUGUUCACCAAGCAGAUUUGUGAAGGAGUCCACUACUUGCACCAGCAUUAUAUUCUCCAUUUAGAUCUGAAGCCCGAAAACAUACUAUGUGUAAAUCGUACAGGAAACCAGAUUAAAAUUAUUGACUUUGGAUUAGCAAGGAGGUACAAACCUCGUGAGAAACUGAAGAUUAAUUUUGGAACUCCAGAGUUCUUGGCUCCUGAAGUGGUGAAUUAUGAAUUUGUUUCCUACCCAACAGACAUGUGGAGUGUAGGCGUCAUCACGUAUAUGUUGCUUAGUGGCCUGUCCCCAUUCCUGGGAGAAAAUGAUGCAGAGACAAUGAACUAUGUAGUCAACUGCAACUGGGAUUUUGAUGCAGAAGCAUUUGAACAGCUAUCAGAAGAAGCUAAAGAUUUUAUUUCCAGACUACUUGUGAAGGAGAAAAGCUACCGGAUGAGUGCCACGCAGUGUCUGAAGCACGAGUGGUUGAGUGAUCUGCCUGCUAGAGCCAAGAAGUCCAAGCUUCGCCUCAAGUCCCAGUUGUUGCUGCAGAGCUACAUGGCUCACAGAAAAUGGAAGAAACAUUUUUAUGUGGUAGCUGCUGCUAACAGGCUGAAGAGAUUUCAGAAUGUGUCUGACAAGCUUGCAUAAGCUUGUAUGAAGCAUCUACCUGUUCCUGGAGAUGGACAUGAAGCCAUGGAAGGACUCAAUAUCUUCAAUAAUUUCUUCCCCUUUGUUUUACAGCAUAACUGGUUGGGUCUGUCCUUCAAAUAGUAUGUGUGUUCAUGCUAAGGUUUCAGAAGUGCCUCAAGGUCAGAAGCACUGAAAUAAUUACUAAAAGCAGAAGCCACCUUGUUUGUUUAAGUUUUUAGUUGGUGUACAUAGUGAUGAAAACACAAGGCUGUUAUGGGGGCUGACUUCUCUCUGAAAGCUUUGAUUCUGCAGAGUACUGUUGGUGUGUUUUCCUUGUCAGUUUUCUGGUUUCUCACACUAGCGUGGAAUCUCUAGAGACUUUCUUCGUGAUUGAUGCAUGCCAUCAGCUUUAGAUUACUGCCAAAACAGAGGCACAAUUUUUUCUCUAGGUGUUUUUUACUUAUAGCAAAGCAUAUCCUUUUGUAAUUUUUCUAAAAAGAAUAUUUUCCCCCCCAGAACAUGCUAAUGAUUCAGUGCAACUACUCAGUUGAAAGGUUUUGGCUUGCUCAGUCAGUGCAUAGUUAGGAAAUACGAGGAAUCGUUGUCUGAAGCAACUGAAGUCAGUUGGUCCAUUGUUGCUUUUUCUUAUGGUGAGUUGAUUUGAACUGAAUUGUUGGAACUUUUGGAAGCAGACAGGUAAAACUGCCAGAAAUAAUAAUUGUCUAAUGACCGUUAGGUAUACACAGAAAAGAUGUCAUGUUGUCCAGAAAAGAUUUCCAGGCAUAGUUUUAUAGGUAUUUAAAUUUUUUAAGUGCUCCUCAUUGGCUGUGACUGCAGUCCUUGACUUUGUAAGUUUUAAUUCAAGGAGUUUUUUCAGCUCUCUGAAAAUUUUAAUGAAGUUUGAGAAGCUGAUAUGGUGUCAUGCAAAAUAGAUUUCUUGCUGUUCAGUGGCAGAGAACCAGUGUGUUGCCAGACUCUGCUUAGCCCAGUUAGGAGGUUGAAGCCCUUUUUUUCACCCCACACUUUGCUCUUAAAUACUGAAUGCUUUCUUCACAAUACUAGCUUAUUUUAAAUUUUAAACAUUUUCCUAAUGUAUAAAGGGUUGGAGCCACUUACAAUCUCUCAGCUAAAAGUAUGUUAUUUAUUAAACCUGUGGUUUCCUUCAUUCCUAUUCUAGAUUCUGAAAAAGUCUGUGUAAGCUGGAUGGGCUCUUUGGAAAAAGAGAAACUAGUACUAUUAAAACUAACUUUUCAGCAAAAACAUCAAACCACUGUAAAGCUCCCUUUACCUUUAUGGACUGUCAUGUCUCUUGAACUGGCAAAACUCCUGGUUGCUAAUGAAGAAGUUUGUAAGACUGGCUUACCCUAGUCUAGUUGUACUCUCCACUCUAGUGCUUCUCACUUUGCAUACUCCUGAAUUCUGGACUUCUGCAGCAUUUCCAGAACUGGGACAAAGCAUUAUUAAAAUCAAGUGAAAUAAUCUUGACAAUGUAUCACCUUCUGUGAAGGCCCACUUUUGUUUGUGUUUUCCUUCCACAGUG